AUGCCCAUCCGCCCGGUUGUGCGCCUACAGUCGGACUCUGACAUGCCCAGGCUCAUCACAAUUUGCAGCGAUGACGGAGACGAGGACUGCCCGUGGAAUAAAAAUGCCAAACGGCCAGUGGGGUCGUCUAAAAAGGAUGACUCUCGCCAGGAUAUACGGCUGCGGGGAGUACGAUUGAGUACUCUCUUACACAAGGCCUGCAGUGUCUUCAGGAUCGAUUAUAGAGAUGACCCGUACAACCUUUCCGAGGAUUGUGCGGAAGAUCCAGGGCUCGACUAUUUCCUAUCGCAUGCUUGGCUGAUGGGAUAUUUCUUGGGGAUGUUCUGUGGCCAUUGGUUGCUGCCUACACACAACAAAACAAUAUUUCUCGACAAGGCCUGUAUACGCCAGUGUCAUGCACAACACGAUGGAGUCCAAGCAGAGACUGAGAUCGACUCUGGCAAUAUAUCUUCGGUCACUUGUCAUCAAACCCUAUCUUCCGGGAGCCGAGUACGCUUUGAAGCGGCGGACUGCCCUGCGUGUCUCGAGAUGAGGGCGGGGAUAGAGAGAAUUGGUGAAUACCUACAGCAUUCAUCAACAUUUCUGGUGAUUCUCCAUUCGGACUACUUCAACCGUCUAUGGUGCGUUUAUGAGUUCGCAUGCUUCCUGGCACGUCACAAACCGAAACAUAUCCAUAUCAUUUCCCCUCAAGGGGUCUGCUUGUGUCUGUUGGGACCAGUUCUGGCCAUCGUCUUGAAGAUUCUGAAGGGCAGCUUUAUUGAAGGGCCACAGGAUUAUCUCCUCUCCAUCAUGACGGGCCUGGUGUGGGUAGUGAUCGACAUGACCGCGGUGUGCGAAUUGACGGAUUACACCUCAAAGACUCUGAGCGAAAACAUAGCGAUUCCUCUACGGUCAUUUAAUAUUUCCGACACGCAAUGUACUUUCGAGAGUGAUAGGAAAUAUAUAUACGACAACAUUGAGCAUGACUAUGGCAAGAUGACUCUGUUCGAGGGGUUUAUCCGAGAACGCGUUAGUCUCGCCCUAGCAGAUGCUCAUCUGAGAAUCCCUUGUCUUACAUGCAUCGCGAUGUCGAUACCUAUGCUGUGGUUCGCACUCCAAAAGACUAUGGAAUGGGUGAUGCUAGGCAAGAUCAGUCAUCCGGGAAUUUUCAUAGCAGCUGAGCUGCUGAUGACGACGGUCUACAUCAGCGUGACUUACCCGAUCGCAGUGAGUCUAAUGAUAAGAGUCCGAAGAUGCCUGAAGCAUAAGUUUAUUAUUGCCCUCACCCUCACACUGGGAGCAUGUGUAGCGCAGAUAUUCGUACGUAAAUGUGCCAAUGCCGGGCCAAAGUGGUUCCCAUUGGUCAUGGCCUCUGCAUUGCUCCAUGCCUUCGCUGUUGCAUGGUUGCAUCGGAAUUUGUGGCCGUCGGGUAUGUCCGCUCCGAUUGACAAAUGUGCCCCUACUGUACACUAGAUAUGGUAAGGUAUCUCCGUGUUUUUUUUCUUGGGAUCUUGUACCAAAAUGGCGUUGCCGUGCGCAACCUGAAAGAAUCAAGAACAUUUAUUUAUAGCUGAGGCUCAUGCUGGCCUCUUACUGGUUGGUGAGGUGGGCUACCGGAGUCGUCGAAAGGGUUACAUCGUCGAGUUUCGUCGUGUACAUUUGUAGCCUGAGGUUAGCUUAUUUCUCGAAGUCACUCCUGCUUCUUUGAUGAUGUCAUGAAAGUUCUGUUCUGUUCUGCUCACCCUGUUCGCACAG